AUCUUCCAAAGUCGGCUAACUGAAAAAAUGGAAUUGUAGUUCUGUAAUCAGGUUUUUGUAUUACUACUAGAAGCUGUCAAGCUGAAAAAGGAGAAAAAACUUUUAAAGUAUUUCCAAAAUAUAUGAAAAAUUCAAAUGAGUGUUGCUAAGAAACUGCUGCAUGUUUAUCAAAAACAUCUAAGCUGUGGGUUCUACUUCGACAUCUCACUGCUUAAAAGGGAAGCUGUAUGUCUGAUAAUUUAAAAGAUUCUUUAGAAUUGUGAACUAACAACUCUUUUAUUUACUCUUUAUACUGCAUUUUUGAUCAGAGAGUUUGAGAAAAUUGAAAAAUGUGCUAAUUAUCUAUCACCAAUGGCAGAUGUAAGAGCAGAAAUCUUAGCUGCCAGUCGAUCUCGUACUGGAUGGUUAGAAGGCACUGUUCAAACUCCUGAUAGUCAACCCUUUGUUAGCAAAGUGAAGUCUAGUUUUGAAGAAAAGAAUAUUAACCAGGAUCCAAAAUUAUCUUCUAGUGCUUCAAAGUCUGAAGCUGUUCGUAGACUGGGAAGCAAAGUAAGCUCAAUUGCUACUUUAUUUCAGUCACUUUCUCCUCACCGAGCUGAUGGUUCUAAACCUUGUUUCUCACCAACUGGUAGUAAAGACAGCCAAAAGAAAAAUAUUCAGGCUGCUGAGCAAGAUAAUAGUUGUGUGUUUGAUUCAGAAAACAAGAUCAUACAAAAUGAUACUGAAGGAUUGCACAAACGUUUUAGCAAUGCCCGUGCUAUUUUUGAGCAACUUGGUGAAAAAAAUAAAGAAAGUGGUAAGUUAGAACAGUCAAAACAUCCGUGUUCAGCGGAUACAAGUUGUUCCUCAAAAGUCUUGUUGGCAGAAAAAGAUAAAAUUCAAUGUUCUUCAAAUCGUCAUUCUAGUCAUAUAUCAUCUGAUGAAGAUUUACCUAGCUUACCUUUUUCUCACAGACAUAAGGCUGUUAUUCCUAAUAGUUUUGAAGAGAAACUUGGAUCUGGUAAUUCUAGGCCAAAUAUAUUACCAGAUUUACCAAGUGAUAUAGAUAGUACCCAAAUUUAUUCUGAAAUUCAUAGAAAUUAUUCUCAUAAUUCUCCUAUAUAUGAAGAAAUUCCUGGUAUUUCAAAAGAGAACAAUAAACCUAUUUCUAAUCAAGCAUCAAAAGUUAACAGUUUUGUUAUGAGAAACCAAGAGGACAAUAAUGCCAACACAACAAAUCUUUCAGAUAAAUGCAUGGUGCCUCCUAAUUCUGUUGAAUCUAAUAUUGAUACUUCAUUUCCAAUCUAUGCAAAAGUGAUAAAAAAGCGCACAAAGCCAGGAAAUCAUAAUAAUCUCAUAGGGCACACUGACACUGAGGUUAAUAAACCUAAUGUUAGUACUGAUUUGGACUGUGAGUUAGUGCCUGAAAAGAAAUUUGACUGCAAAUCCACCCCGACUACAGAAAGAACAUCUUUAGUAUCUGAUGAUAUACCUAUUGAACAAAGUUCUGUUGAGUGUGAAAAACAGGAAUUUUCUUAUGGUAAGAAAUCUGAACCUUUAAAUGAAAGUUGGAAAAAUAUUAGUGCAAAAGAUCCUAGUGCUUGGAAGAAAAAAAAUGAAAAUCCAUGUCCUAUGGAGUUGAAUGAAUCUCGUGACUUUUAUUCCAUUUCAAGUGACUUACGAGAUGCUGCUGGUGAAACAUUAGCAGAAUUUGAAGGACGGGAUCAUGAAUUAUUUUUUGUUUUAAGAUCUCAACAUGUCAGUAAUUCAGAGCAGUCUUUUCCCAACCACAAAUCGCAUUCCACUACUGACUCUAAAGUUGAAUUUAUGACCAAAGAAGAAGCUGAGCACUUUCUCAGCAGAUCUCAGGAAGACAGUUUAGAUAAGCAAGGUUUUCAAUGCUCUCAAAGCUUACAAAAUGUUGAUAGUGAUCAAUCAGAAACCUGGUCUGUACCUAAUUCUGUUACUGGGGAAACUGAUGAUGACGACCUAUGUGCAGAUGACUAUAGUAACUCUAUUGCUUUUCCACCGGGAACUAAUGUUCUUUAUGAAGAUGUUAACUACCAUAUUUUAUCUGAUGGUCAUUUUGUCACUGAACUGCCAGGUCUAGAUGAAGACAGUGAGGAUGAAGAAAUUUUUACUCCUAUUCCACCAAAAAAGAAAACUAAAGUUCGCUUCAACUAUGAUCCAAUUAAGGUAUACAGUACUUAUUCUGUUGAUGAUUAUGAUCGGCACAAUGAUGAUGUUGAUCCUGUUGCUGCAUCAGCUGAAUAUGAACUUGAAAAACGUAUUGAAAAAAUGGAAGUUUUCCCAGUAGAAUUAGUGAAAGGCCCUGAGGGUCUUGGACUAAGUAUAAUUGGCAUGGGUGUUGGUGCUGAUGCUGGGUUGGAAAAAUUAGGAAUUUUCGUAAAAUCAAUCACAAUUUCAGGAGCAGCAUAUAAAGAUGGAAGAAUUGCUGUUAAUGAUCAAAUCAUUGAAGUAGAUCAAAAGUCAUUGGUUGGUGUUACACAAGCUUAUGCAGCAUCAGUAUUGAGGAAUACUUCUGGAGUAGUAAAGUUUUUAAUUGGACGGGAAAAUAAUUCUGAAAACAGUGAAAUAGCCCAGUUGAUCUCUCAGUCUAUUCAAGCUGAUAAAGAGCACCAGAAAGUAAUUGGUUAUCCACGAGAUGAGGAUCAAAGUGGAGAUAGCUCUCACUUGUCUCAAGGAUCUACUCCUGAAGAAGGUGAAGAUGCUCCAACAGUAGAGGUUUUUGAUCUUACUAGUGGCAGUAGUGGUUCAUUGUCACCAGAUACAGAUGUUGAAACUUUGCGUUCUAAAUUGAAAGAGGUUCAGUAUCGAAGUGCUCUUGCAGAAGCAGAUCUACAACAAGCCAAAGAAAAGUUGCAAUAUGUUGAAAAAAUGGAGUCAGAGCGCCAAAAAAUGUUGAAAAAGAUUGAUAGUUUACAACAUCAGGUAAAUGAAAAAGAAUUAUCAAUGCAAGCAGCAAAACAACAAAUAGAAGAGUAUAAAUUUAAAGUAGGAAAAGCUCAACAACAACUUCAUGAUUUAGAGAAAAAAUACAGUAAGGCUAAGAAGAUCAUUAAAGAGUUUCAGAAAAGGGAAAAAGAUUAUAUUCAACAGGAAGACUUUAGAGUUCAACAAAUUCAAGAGAAAGACCAAGAAUAUAAUGCAUUAGUUAAAAUAUUAAAAGACCGGGUCAUCUUACUUGAACAUACUUUAUCUGAGGUUCAAAGAUCGGCUGGCUUACCAAUUGAACUACCAUAUGAUUCUCAUCAAUUAACACCAAUAUUAAAGAAAAAAAAUGGUGUUCACUCAGAAACCAAGCUUAGCUUUGAAAUUAUUGAAAUUGAUGUAUCAGAUUGUUCUGAUUCUGAACUUGGAAAACGAACUCAAAGCCCUGAUGCUGCAAGUGAAGAUAGUGAGAAAAGAUCCACUGUUGAGAGAAAGAUUCCCAAAGAGGAUCAUUCUAACCAAUCUCAUCCUCUUCCAGAUUUGCUAGAAGCAAGUUCUGCUAAAUCAUAUUCUGAAAAUUUAAUAAAGAGUACUGCUUCCUUAGAUUCAAAAUCUCUGGAUCAAAGUUCAAGUUCCCCACCUGAUUCUUCAUUUUCCUCUUCAACUAGUUUUAAAGGGCGUUAUGAAAAUGGAUUUUCUCCCCAGAUGCGAUCAAUUUCCUUUGCUGAAGAAAUAAAAACUGCAGUGUUAGAAUGGAAUUCAAAAGUGGGUGGUUAUAGUGAAAAUAAUUUAUCACGGAGUCCACAAAGUUUAGAUAAUUUGGAACAAGUUUCAAAUAGUAGCUUAGAUAGAUUUAUUGAACAGCACCAAGUUGUCCCUCCUAGUUAUCAGCAUGCAACUGGUGAAAGUUUCGGUUAUCCAAACUGCCUUCCAGUAACACCUUUAGAUAGAGAUGAUGAUUUAUCUCCUCUUGCUGCAAGUACACCAUUGCCUGUUGAAAUUCCUCCAAAGAAAAGGAACAUGAUUCAGAGUGAUAGACUGUCAGCAAAUUUAGAUGAUUCUAAAGAAGAUUUGAUGAGCGAUGCCAAAACUAAUUAUCUUCUCAGUACAAAACCAUCACUUUUACCACCUCGGGUACCUGAACGGAGUAGUAGUAGAGAUCGCCGUCCAAAUAAUUGGCAAGGAAGGCCAGUUCAUUUAUGGACCACAACACAAGUUGGACAGUGGCUUAUGGUUCUUGGGAUGGAACAGUACAUUAAAAGCUUUCAGGCACAUGAGAUUACUGGUAUUAAAUUACUAAAUCUUGAUAGUACCACUCUUAAGACUAUCGGAGUGAAUAAUAGGAACGAUUUGUCAGCUAUUAAAAAGAAACUUAAAGAAAUGAAAACUCUUCUUGAGAAAGAAAGGAAAGCUCAUGAAAAAGAACAAAAAGCUUUAGAAAAAUUGCAGAAAAAGGCAGAGAAAGCUCGUAAAAAGUAAGAAAUCAUGUUUGCAAGAGACUGAAGAAGUGUAAUGUGAAAAUGCUUUAAAGCGAAAUUGAUAUAACUAACUUUGCUUGGCUAAAACUUCCUGCGUAAGUGCCAAAACCUACAUUUUCAUAGAAUGAUUUGUAAAUUUCAUAUAAAUUUUACUACUUUUAAAUAAUUACUUAAUAUUUAUACUUCCAUUGUUAUUUUAUUUUUUGUAUUAUAUUAAGAAUGAAAUUGAAUUUUGUGUGUUAAAAUUUUACAAGAUAUUUUGUUACAUUUUUAUAGUUGAAAUCGUUUAUUAUGUUCUAUUUUUGCUGUAUAUUAUUUAGUUCACAACUUUUACUCAACGUUAAUGUGACAAAACUCUGUAUUCCUGAAUACUGAGCAUUUUGUAUCUCUUUUAUAUAUUUAUACUCUAGUAUCUGUGUAAUAGGUAUAUACAGUGGAUAUACUUGUGGUUUGUCAUUAUGUGAUAUUUAUUCAGCUAAUGCUUGCUUCAAUGCAAUUUAGAAGCAGGCCAAAUUAAUAGAUUCCAUGUUAUUGAGAUUUCGGUAUUGUGCUAUAAUACUUGCAAUUUUCCAUUUUAUGAAAGUAUCCUUUGGAAUAAUAGCUAUUUAUAUUUUACUUAAUGCAUAAUUAAAUUUACUUUUUUCAUUACUUAUUCUAUCAUAAAUUUAGUUAGAAAUGUAGAAGCAAGUCUUUGCAACUCUAGUUGUAUUGAAAUUAGAAGUACAGGUGUGUUAAAAAUAUAUUUCCUGAUAAGAAAUAGCCCUUAAAGUUAUUUUUCAAUGUAAAAUUAUUUGAUAGGUGGUUGAGUUGCAUUCAAAAUUAAUCAACGCCAUAUUUAUAAUUGCUCAAAACAAAUUCUCUACACUGACCCAUGCCAAUUACUCGAACUUGAAGAGAUUAUACAAAGCUUAUCAGAAAAUAUUUUUUUAUAUUUACUAGUAUAUUUUAUUAGUAAAACGAGAAAUGUUGUAAGGAUCCUUUUAUUUUCAUUAAUAUUUUAGCAACAAAUUUACUUUUAUGAAUAAGGAAAGCAAAAUUUAAUUCUUUUUUUUUAAAAUUCUUUUUCUUUACUUCUGACUUGAAAAAAGCUUGAACUGUUAUAAUUUCCUUUAUGUUUUACUAACGAGAAACUUCUUUGGAUUAGUUAACGUUGGCAUGAUGUAUUUCUUAUUAAUCAAGGUUGAAGUGCUAUGCAAGCGAAGGGAGAAAAAAAUUCUAUUUACAUGGGCUUUUUGUGGUGGCCUAUUCUUUUAAUAAAGCUUUCUUGGUUUUAUUACUUUUGACAAUUU